GGGGGUGUGGGCAGCCCUGGCUGGGCGCGGCAGAAGGCGGGUGUAGCGGGGCCGCGGCGGCCGGCUCUGGGGCCGACAGGAGGGCCGGGGGCCUGGCCCCGCCGCUCCCGCAGGAGGUGGCCGUGUCGAGGUGCAGCAAUUCCCGCUCUGCCCUUUGGAUGUCGGGGAAAGCGAAAGUAAAACCUGUUGGUUCCCGGCCUGGAAGAGCCCGGACACGGGAAGCGGGGUGCAGCAGAGCCACGCAGGCGGCGGGUCCAUGGGGCUGGGGGCUCCCCUCCUCCUGCCCCUGCUCCACCCCCUCUUCCUGGGGGCAGCGGGGGCCAUGCUGACGCUGUACACGGCGCCGGAGACCCGGGCGGCGCUGGGCUCGGUGGCGCUCCUCAAGUGCCGCUUCAACGUGGGCAGGCCCAUUGACCCAGCAGUGCUGCGGGUGCGCUGGCUCUCUGCCGCCGCGGGCCCCGUGGCGCAGUAUGACCAGGGCCAGGGGACCUUCGAGCCACGGCUGCGCCUGUCCGAGCAGGAGCUGCAGAUCGGGAACGCCUCCCUGGAGGUGCAGGAUGUGGCGGUGCAGGACAACGGGACCUACACCUGCGAGGUGGCAUACGGCACAGAGACGCAGAUGGGCAAGACGACCCUCUGGGUGCUUGCAGCCCCGAGGAUCUCCCUGGACCAGCGCAUGGGCGGCGCAGAGACGUCCCUCCUGUGCCACGUGGGUGGCUUCUUCCCCGAGGACAUGGAGGCCACGUUGCUGAGAGAUGAGCAGGUCCUGGACGGCUCCACCCGCUCCAGCCCCCAGAGGAACUGGGACGGGACCUUCAGCCUCACCCUGACCUACACCUUCACCCCGGUCCGGAGCGACGCUGGCGCCAUCUUCGCCUGCCGUGUCCGACACCCGGCACUGGGGCAGCCCCUGGUUGAGGAGUUCGCCUUGGAAGUCCCAGGCUCAGACCGCACCGGAGCUGCGAUUGGGGCCGUCGUGGCCAUCGUGCUAGCACUAGGAGCUGUGGGCGCAUCCGGUUACUGCUGGUGGCAGAGGAGAGGCGGGAAAGCCGCUUGCUCCGUGUCCAAGGUGGAGGGGCCGGAGCGGUGCCGGCUGGGCCAGGCGGUGACUCUGCGCUGCUCCGUGGAGGGGAAGAUCCGUGCGCACACGGCGGUGACGUGGGAGCGGACGCAGGGCGAGGACAGGACGCUGAUCCAGAAGGACGGGCCCGGGGCGGCCCCUGAGCACCAGCCGGCCUUCCCGGCCCCGUCCCGGCUCUUCCCGGGCCAGUUCCCGGGCUGGACGUCGACCCAGGAGAGGUCCAAGACCGGCCUCACGGCCUCCCUGACCUUCACCCCCACGGUGCAGGACCACGGGGCGCGCGUGCGCUGUCUCCUCCAGCCCGAGGCCCGAGACAGCGGCGAGGAGCCCGAGCGCUGGGAGAUCCGGGUGUGGGCCCCGCCGGAGCUGUCCGGGAUCCAGGUGUUGCCGCGCUGGGACCCCCCGGACCAGGUGCCCUUUGCUGUCCACCUGCACGGCUUCUACCCCCGCGGGAUCCACCGCAUCGCGUGGAGCAUGGACGGGGAAGCCUGGGAGCGGUCGGAGCCGAGCGACUACGCGGAGAACAAAGACGGCACGUUCAGCGCCACGAGCGUGUGGAGGGGGCCCAGCCGGCGCCUGGCCCGCCCCGAGCAGCGAGUGAGAGUGUGUGUGCAGCACGGCCCCGCCGACCCCCCGAUCGAGGGAGAGCUCAGCAUCGGGGACACCAGUCUCCUGCGGCCCCCGGACGUGUCGGCGAUCUCCUGGCCCCAGUCAGUGACCGCGGGGAGGGCCGUGACCCUGAGGUGCCGCAUCACAGGCCGUUUCCCUGAGUUGCUGGGGGGGACCUGGCUGCGCAGGGACAGAGGAGCGGCGCAUGCUGCGGCCCGGCAGGACUCGGCCGGGCACCGCCUCCUCCCUGGCCAGCCCGCUCCAGCCGCGGACGGGAAGCGCUUCGUGCAGGAGGCCGGACUUGUCUUCACCCCCUCGGUGCGCAGGGACCACGGGGCCGAGUACACCUGCCGCGUGGAGCACGUGGCCCUGGUGCAGCCCGUAGCAAAGCGCAGCGCGGAGCUGCAGGUGCGAGCCCCGCCGGACGUGUCCGGGAUCCAGGUGUUGCCGCGCUGGGACCCCCCGGACCAGGUGCCGUUCGCCGUCCGCCUGCACGGCUUCCACCCCCGCGGGAUCCCCCGCAUCGCGUGGA